UACCUCCAUCCCAGAAAGAUGACUUUCUCCAGCCUCUGCUAUCCAGAAUGCGGGGUGGCCCGACCCAGUCCAGUCACUGGCAGCUGGAAUGAGCCCUGCGUUAGGCAGUGCCCUGACUCCGAAGUGGUGAUCAGACCCUCCCCAGUUGUCGUGACCCUCCCAGGACCAAUUCUGAGCAAUUUCCCUCAGCAGAGCGAAGUGGCAGCCGUAGGCGCACCUGUGGUCGGAGCUGGUUUGGGAGGCUCAUUCGGUUUGGGGGGAUUGUAUGGCUACGGAGGCCGUUAUGGAGGGUUGUAUGGUUUAGGGAGAUAUGGUGCCUACGGGGGCCUUUACGGUUAUGGGGGAUUAUUGGGCCAUGGGGGAUACUGCGGUUACCCGGGCCUUUACGGUUAUGGGGGAUUAUUGGGCCAUGGGGGAUACUGCGGUUACCCGGGCCUUUACGGUUACGGGGGAUUAUUGGGCCAUGGGGGAUACUGCGGUUACCCGGGCCUUUAUGGUUAUGGGGGAUUAAGGGGAUACGGGGGAUAUGGCCGUAGGUAUCUUGGUGGAUAUUGUGGGCCAUGUUAAACCCAGCAGGAACCUCCACAGAAGAAGGAAGAACCAGGAAAUGAACAGCAAGAUACAGAUUCACCCCUGAUCUUUUGGGCAUGGCUUUCCAAAGUACUGAGCAAACAUGGCUCCACUUGAAGUCAGUGGGAGCUGUGUGUGCUCAGCACCUUGGUCUGAUAGCCCUGCUGCAUUUCUAAUGUUGCGCUUUAGGAUUCUUUCUGCCAAGGCUUUCCCAGCCAUGUGCUGAUUCUUUUAUUCACAUGAGGACUCAUUGUGAAUUACACGCAGGCUGUUUACACUGACCCCGCAGUGUGAAGGAAAUAGGAGCCUUAAGAUAGGCAUCAUUUAUGGUUAUUAUCACUUUAAGUCCACAUGUUCUAUCCUUCUUAUCCAUAUGUACCUUUAAUGCCUCACUUUGACCUUUGCUACGGCCCAUGUAUAAUGGAGAAGCUGCGUAGUCCUCUGCUUCUAUUUUGCUUUGGCUCAUUUUUCACCCAAUAGCGUAAAACAAGGCACUUAAAAUUGUUACAGUGCGGACUUGUUUGUCAACCUCUGCAGCUGAAAGAAAGCAAACAGAACAUCUUGUCUGAAAUACAUCCCACUGAGGCAGGUGAUCGGACGCAGCCCUUCUUGAAAUACUGGAAAUACAUUCUUUCUGCUCUGUAGUAUUUCUCCCUGUAACUGUGUACUGUCAAUUUCUUUUGCAUUAAAAUCUCUGCUGCAUCGUAA